UUGGAUUAUUCCAAAGUGCAGAAAUGACCCUACUCGCAAGGUAGCAGUCGACUUCAAAAAUACUUGGCAAGAAGAUAUUUAUCUCAGAAAUGAAAAUCAUCUACCUUAUUUCGCUGUUGUUUAUGAGUUGUGAUGCUGUGCAGCUUCCACGAUGGGUACACAGAGUGAAGUCAUGUGAGAGGCAAAUAACAUAACAGCCUGGGAAGCAGCUUCAGAGAAACUCAGCUGUCUAAAUGAUCUCACUUCCAAUGAUCCAGCUCAACAAAGAAUGGUUUACCAUUGUUUGGUCAGUACUUACCUAAAUGAAACAGUCGAAUUCUGUGGCAGAAGUGUUCCUAUUGCACCAGGAAAUUGUCCAAUUUACAACUACCAAUUCUUUGAAAAUAGGGUGGCUUCCUACUACGAUUGUUCAGAAUUUACCAGUGGAUGUCCCAACCAAAUGAUCCAUUCCAAACACGUUUUCAAAUACGCCGAGUGCUUAAAUAUUGAUUCGGAAAAAAGGUGCUUUCGUUCUGAAGUUCAAUGUUUGAUGAAGAAAUCCACAGAAAAUAUUACAGUUUCAACAACAGCAUUGAACACAACAGAUGAACUGUCCACAGAAAGAUCAAUCACGAAUGACGUAUCACAGAACAAAACACGAAGUGAAAGUGACAUUCCAUACGUGAUACGGGAGAUUAAUGGAAGCCCAGUUUGGAUGGUAAUCUCCUGGAUUCUGACAGGAAUAGUAUUGACAGUCAUCACAAUUCUCUUUAUUCUCUUUAUCAGUCGAAAGAGGAAUUUACUAACCUUCCUGAAAAAGCGGUUAAUGGGCAGAAGACAGUGUGAAGAAAAACAGAAUACAGAUAAAAAAGAGUGUACAUCAUUGCUAGAAUCCCGAACUGCAGAAAAUAAUCCAACAGAUGUUGUUGUGAUGGGGGCAUCCGACUCCACCCUAGGAAGUGAUUCUGGAGUCGAAACAGAAGAGAAACAAAUCUACAGAGAAGAGCAGAGGUCCGAGAUACAAAUUGAUAUAGAAGAUGGCGAGAAGAAAGCUGGUAAGAGUAUUAGAAAACUUGACGCCAUCAUCAACUUCUCAAAAAGCAAAGUAUUUACUGACUUCCUUGAUGAUUUAAGCAGAGAAAUGACUCAAGGGACGAUGAAUAGAAUAAAGACACUUUUAAAAGAUCGAAUUCAGGAGUCGGAAGAUGAUCUCAGAGAUAUAUCUACUCCCUCCGAACUGUUAGACUAUAUGGACAAAGAGUUAUCCCUUUACAACAAUCUGGCCAUACUUCAAGCAUAUUUCCUAGCAGUAACCCCUCCUGAUGAAAACCUGUAUGAGAAAUGCCUGAGUUAUGGAAAGAAAGCAAGAGAUAUCUUUUAUUUCCAGAAAUGUACAGAGAAUUUGAAGGAUUUUGAGAAAGUUGAAUUUCACAUCAAAUGCUCAGAUAUUAGCAAAUAUAAUAAAGCUGAUCUUGAGGAAUUUCGCAAAGCUUUAUCUGAUAUUCUUGGAGUAGAGGCAGAUGACAUGAUACUUGUUGGGAUACGUAAAGGAAGCAUUAUACUAACUUUCAUGAUUCGGAGUACGUUCAUUCCGAACUUGAGGACGAUAUUUUCGGACAGGAAGUCACUGAAGAGCAUCACGUACCGAGUGAUGCUAUUCAGACGACUGACUCACAGAGUAUUCAAAGUGACCAUUAACGGAGAAGUCGUGUAUGAGCCGGAAAAGAAAACAGAAGAAUACGCAGGUCCAACAGUAAUUGAGGAGGUUCAUUUGAAGAGAGCAGGGGUUGGAAAGUACCAAACAGUUACAGAUAAAAAAGCAACCCAGGAACAGUGCAUAAAGUUUUAUAUUGAAAAUGAUUUAGAGAAAUGCCAGGAUGAAGUAUAUGAUCUUCGAGAGUGGAUUGCCAAAUAUCUGAGAAUAGAUAUUGGUCAAAUUAUGAUCGCUGGAUUAGAGAAGGGGUCUGUAACCGUGGUUUUCAGAGUGUUGCUAGGAAACCCCGAAACAGAUCUAAUGGCACUGGCAAGUACAGAUGAAUUUCAAGCAGGUGUAUCACGCAAAGGUGUGAAGAAAAUUUUCGUCGGUAGUGAGAAAUGUAUCACAGUUGGGAGAGCACAAACAUUUGUUCACAUUCAUUGCUCGGGUCUGCACGAAGGGAAUACAGUAGAUAAUGUCAAGAAAAUGGUGUCGACUGUGCGUCAAAAGGCAAGGGAGUUGGUCAUAGAUGGAUCGAAAGUGUUUCUACGGAUAAAGGAUAAGCAGAAAAGAAAAGAACCAGAAAUCGGAAAAAAGAGGACAGGUACUAAGGAGAGGCAGCGUUUACUGGAGGAACUGGAACCGACACAGAUUCUAAGGAACAGAGAAGUGCAGAAAGUAAUAGAUGGGCAAGGAAUCAAUAAAACGUUGGCUCAAAGUCGAGAAGAAAAAUGUAACAUCGUAAUAGAUGUGGUCGAUCAGUUACCUGACGUGACAAGAGAUGUUAUAUUGAAUUCUGUGGGUGAACAUGAGGAAAGUUGUGACGAAACAAAUUACACCAAGACAUCUUCCAAUAAAAAUCCAGUGACACUUCCGGAUUUUGAAACGGUAUCGGAGGAGAUCUAUUCAUCCAUAAUCGACGAAACAUUUGAAAAGAUCCGCUAUGUGCCCAGUCACAUUAAGCAGAGAUGCAGCAGUGCAUCAGGAAUGAAACAGAAAGAAAGGGCAAACACUUUACUGAAUUAUAUCCAAGAGAACGCAUUUCGUCGACAGAUAUUUAUGAUGGUUUGGCAAAAGCAUGUGGAAUGAAGAAUUCGAUGUAACAAUAUAUGAUAUAUUAUGUAUAUAUUUUAUAGAGUGACAGAAUUACUUAUUUUUGCAUUAAAGCUGACAUGAAUUAAUAAAUAUAGUAUAAUUCUAUAUGUCCGCCAUAUUUCUUUGCUAAUCCGCCAUAUUAGUUGGAUAUUCUAUUGUUAUAUGUAUCAGGGUUCGCAUGGUAUAUAAGGGGACGAGUUGUGCUACGCUUCACUUCACAUCAGUGUCUUCGAUUUACCUGUGCGGGUAGCUUCGACAGGUAACACGUACAUCUCCGAUACUACUUUACAGGACACCAAGAAGAAAUGAAAUCACGUUUUGAAACACCAUGCAGUGCUCAAAAUUACAAUAAACAAAUCGUACAGUUGUAAAUCGUUCUAAAAGCUUUGGAUAAAUAAAUAUAGAAUGCCUUUCCUUUACUUGAAUGUGCGUACAUUUGCAAUAAAUACGUCAAAACUAUACAAAAACGCAGAGAAAUAUUUCAUCUAUUAUCUAGAUCUAUUGAUGAAAUGGAAUAAGCAAAGGGUAUAAAAUCUAUACCAUUCACACUUACUUCAAGCAAAAUCCAAAUACAUAAAUGCUACUAUACGUAUAAAGAAGACAUGGUCAUGUAUGCUCGCCAUGAAAAAGCAUCGAAUGCGGAUGACUAUUUACCUGGGUCUACUCGUAAUAUCUGUAUAGGACCGAAGAUGUACGUGUACACCUGUCGAAAAUACUCAAAGUAGUAGUAAAACUCCCUUUAUUAGCAUAAUCCAUGAAACAAAACGGUACACUCCAUUUGUAUUCCAACAGUAAACAACAUUGUCCAUUGUACAGACUGCGACACACUUAGCCCGUGCCGAUCAGCUAUCUUCAAUCAGGGGAAGUAUCAGAGUAGAAUAUUUACCCUGUAUUGUGCAUGAAUCCUUAUACCGUAUGCUUUGCUUGUCAGAGUAUUGCAGAUUUAUAAAUCAGGAAAUCUUUUAGGUACAUAAAUUGUUUGUGCAUAGAUAAUUUGCAUAUACAACACUGCACGAGUGUAUGAGAGAGAGAGAGAGAGAGAGAGAGAGAGAGAGAGAGAGAGAUUCAAACGAUGAUCUUGUAAUAAUCGCGCUCUUAUUAAGACAAAUGCUAAUUCGGCGUUUAAUAUAUCUUAUAUAUCUAUGCCAUUUUGCUUUAUUACAUUCUGCGUCGGAUGCAAAUUGUAGUAAUGCAAAAUGUAAUAAUUGAGUUUAUCAUAUGCGUAGUUAUCAAGCACAUAGAAUUUUUUUUUUAUUUAAACAUAUUUUAUUGAGAAACUCAACAGGAUUGAGCAACAGGCAUAGCCUAUAUAUGUAGGCCCUCUCCCAAAAACAAAGGUCAAGUACAAAGGUACUUAGAAUCAAGGGGAGGGGCCAAGAGUGUCUGUCCCCCACCUUUGAUAACAAUAUUCAAUUUUUUGUUAUUUUGUUUGUUUGGUUUUUUUUUAAUGUUUUCCGCCACACUCAACAAUUUUUCAGUUAUCUGGUGGCGCCCAGUUUUUGUUGGUGGAAGAGAGAAACCAGAUACAAUGUACCCGGGAAGAGACCACCGACCUUCCGAAAGUAAACUGGGAAACUUUCUCACUUACCGACACGAGCGGGUUUCGAACCCGCGCCGACAGAAGUGAGAGGCCGUUAUUUUGUAAUGCAAAUAAAAAUUAUAUUGGGUGACAACCCCCUCCCCACAAACUUGACCCCAGCUUGAAAGUUCUGAUAUAAUAGUAGAAGAUACACACCACCACAAUUAAGAAAAUGAAGAUAUUAUGAGGCACUCGUAGUAGAGGACUCUAACCACCCCAUCCCACCCCCAACGAUGGAAGAAAAUAAAGUGUAGGGGGAAAUUAUUGAGACAGUCAAAAUAAAAGACUCUUGUAACCCUUUGCCCCCACAUUAGGAAUUUGAACAUCGGAUAAAACAUCUUGGUUUGUUUGGGUUUUAUGUUUUAUUUUAUUGAUGUUUUCGUUCAUCUUUUUAAUUAUUAUUUUGAAUGGCAAGAAAUUUUAAAGAAUCCAAUUUUCCAUUUUUUUCUUCCUGUUGUACCCCCCACCCCAUGAAAAAUGACGAUACAUGUCUGGUUAUUACAUGUACAUUUUGCUUUUCAACACAUGCAUGCAUACUAAUUGUAUGGUGUAGAAUUGCACCCUUUGCCAAGUUUUACUUCAUUUACACAGUGUAAGGAAUGGUAAACCAAAAUCACAAAACAAAAUGCAUAAAGGCCAAGAUAGUUUUAAGCGUAGGAACUUCAUUCACGAAUACAUAAAUACAUGUAUUCAGAAAAAUCGCAUGCAUGCAUUGCAGGACUAUAGCAUAUGUGUGUUUUAACGUUUCUGUAACAUGCCAUAAUGAUUAUUUUCAUUUCGGAGAUCUGGCGCAAUGGAUAUAUUCUGAAAAUAGACAUACCGCUGUACGUCGAAAUUUCAAAUUCAAAUGUAUUCGAUAAGAUGUUAGUAUUCAUAAAUCAGUAAAAUUCGUGUUGAGGUUUUUUUUAAUAUGAUACAGUGUCAAUCCACUGUAAUGCAUUAGUAGGAUAUGCAAAAGGCAAGAGUAUCAACAUUUUCUAGUAUCGAUAUCUAUAUGAUCACGAAAAAACAUUAUAAUUUAUAUCCGGAUUCAUAUGCCGAUUUAGAUAUCAAUAAAAACAAAGCUGGAUAGUUUGGGGGAGGGGGUUCAAAUGAGUCUGAUGAAAUUAAAAGAAGGAACCCCACAUUUGCAUUCAAACUAGAUGUACUUCAAAAUGAUUUUAUUUCUGCUUUGACUGAAAGCAUGAUUCUAAAUUCGGUAAUGAAUCUUGCAUACAAAAUAAUCAAUAGGGGAACACAUAAAUCUGAGCUCCUUUGGAAUUUAAUGAAAUGCAGAUAUGCACCUUUCUUUCAACACGAAUUGAUGUUGUUUCAGGCACGUAUACAGGGGGUUGGGGUGGGCAGGGAGGCUGGGCUGGUCUGCUCUCCCCACUUUUUUGGCAAUUUACUUUUUUCGGUUAUUCUAACAUACAAAGUCAGUAUUUUCUACAUGCACAGUUCAAACUGAUAUUUUUUUUUUUUAAUUUGUAAUGAAUUCAAUUAUAAGCAUCAACUCCUGUAAGUUUUUAAUAUAUUGUCAAUAACAAAUUUUUAAAUAGCUGAAAUUUUUUAAUGCUUGUAAGCUUACCAUUAUAUCAGUGAUCAAUUUUCUUUCCUUCUCUCUCUCUCUCUCUCUCUCUCGUCCAAUCAACAGGGCCGUAAAUUAACCUUCAAUUUGGAGGAGGCAGGAAAUUAGGCGGGGGUCUGGGGGCCGCCCAGGCCCCCAGACGCUGAGCACAUUUUGUGCACACUGAACACGUUUCGUGCAAAAUCCUUGAUUCUAGGGCCUUCUAAGAUGUUACUUGACUAACUCAUUCUAAAAGAAAGAUUUGGAAUGCUUUUUAAGGGAGGUAUCAUGUUCUUAGUUAUUGGAAACAACAUAAAUUCUAAUGAACUUUAAAUUUUAAUUUUUUUUGGCUCAAAAGUUUGGAGGAGGCAGCUGCCUCCUCCGCCUCCAUGUAAUUUACGGCCCUGAUCAAUGAAUAUGGACAUACGGAGACCGUAAAUAAUUAUGUGGUUCCCAAAGAAACAAUAAAACUAUAUUUUCGUUUAUACAUUUCCUUUUAUAUGUGUCUUUGUGUAAUCAACUGUUUAUUAUGGAUUGCAAAUGUAAUACCCGCAUUUUUAAACAGACGUAUAUUUUCGAUCAUUAUUCCCUUAUUUGUAUAUCCAAGUUUGUAUAUGAUCAUCGAUAAAUUUUGAAUUGAGCACGCAAUAUAUCCAACCAGAUGAUCGGUGUAUAUGAUUAGAUUUCCGAUUUUUAUAAACUGCAAAACCUCGACCAGACAAGCAUUCAAUACAGGAAAAAAUUUCGACUCUGACAUCUCCCCCGAUUGAAUACACCCUAUUUGGCACGGGUGAAGUGUGUCGCAGUCUGUAUAAUGGAAUGAGAACUUGUUGUAAAGUUCUAACGAGAUACAAAUGGAGUUUAUCAUUUUGUUUCGUGGAUUUAUCAGAAUAAAGAGAAUCUAAUAUUUUCGGUAAGUGCACAUCUCCGAUACCUGUUGAAUAGACGUCCGGAUUUGAUACGAGUUUUUUUUGGCGAAUAUGCCAUGUGCAUUACAUAUUAUGCAUAUGGCAUGGACCUGUAUUUUGCAAGAAUUGAUAUAAAUAAUCUAUUUUAUGCUCUUUGCUUAUUCCAUUCUAUCAGUUUGUAAUUGGCAAAUGAUUUCUCCGCAUGUAUUUCAUAAGAAACUGCAAAUACUUGCAUGCACUUGCAAGUAUGCAAGAAAAACUUCCUUUUUUUUUUUGCAUCUUUUCUAAAUUAUCUAAACUUUCGGAAUGUUGCAUAGGUAUACAAUAAAUAUUUUGUAAUUUUGAGCAAAGCAUAAUGUUUUAAAAUGUUAUUUUAUUUGUUUCGCAUUCCCUAUAUAUUACUAUCGGAGAUGUGCACUGGUCGAGUCCACCUAGAAAAAUCACUCAGGUGUGACAAUCACAUUUGGGGUAUAUACGGGUAGAGUAAAUUAAGCUACCUGAGAGAAAUAUGGCGGAUAAGAUGAGAAAGGUGUACUUAUUUAUUAAUUCAUGUCAGCUUUAACUAUUGCAUCCAAAAUUUAAUGUUUGUAUCUUACACAGUGCAACCAUUUUGAACAUUGUUAUUUGUACAUUAUCCCGAUAAUUUACAGUGUAUAAAAUGUUUGUGGGAUGGGGGUUUUAUUUUAAAAAGAUCGCAUGCGGAAAUCAUUAUCAUAUGUAAUUUAUUCAUGCAAACAAUUAUAAAAACAAACAAAAUAAAGCAAAAACAAAACAACAGCAACUUUAAAUUCUGCAAAGAAAUAUAAUUUCUGAAUUUUCAUUCAGUUCUUUUUCAUCAAUAAUUAAGGUCAUAGGAUAUCCAAGAUUUUAGUCGCAUCAAAUGAAGUGAAAUUUUGCUGUGUUUACUUGCGAUUUUCUAUUUUUUGUUCAAACAAGAAUGUAAAUCGGUCAUUAAUACAUGAAAUGUAUGAAACGGGGUUAAUAUGAUUUUUAGCAAUAUUAAAACAUUAGAAAUAGUUUUAUAAAAUUGUAUAACAAAUAUUUUGGGGUGGAUCUUAUGUUCUAAAGUGUUGUUGAUGCAUAUACUUGUGUAUAUUGUACAUGUGCAUGUAUAUACAUAUUAAACCAUAGUGAACGAAAUGUUACAUAUAUCUGUGAUAUUGAUAGUUUAUUUUAUAUGAACAUUGUUAUUAGUAAAUCAGAUAAAACUCUCCAUUUGCAGCUGGAUUUUGAUAAACAGAU